UAUAGCCAACAAAUAACCAACAACCUUUAUGUUGAAAUAUUAAGAAUAAAAAUCAUCUUCUGCAUUAUAAUCGACUAAGUCUGAAUAUUUUUACAAGAAGCAUUUAAAUCGAAAGUUGUGGAUUAUUUGGUGACUAUAUCACAGACACUUAUGUGGCAGUUUCGUAUUGUGAAUAAAUCAGACCGAUACAUUUUAGUGGCAUUUAUAUUCAACUGGAUAUGCAUGAUGUUCAUAAAAUUAAGGAUUCCUGUAGACGAGUAAUUGUUGUGUAAAAUAAAUAAAUAAUGGAAUUUAUGUCUCAAAACUUAGUCAUGAAACCGGAGUUUACUACUAGUUUUUUAUCAUAGUACAAAUAGAAGCGGCAAGCCAUAAACGUCAUAUGAUAAAGUGCUAAGUAUAUAUAGCCGGAUGAUCGCUGCUACAACACAGGAAUAUCAGGUCAAAAACAGUUAAAGUCCAGCGAAAUAGGUUCGUUAUAUGCCAGAACAAAAUGGCAACUGCAGAAGGCGAGUAUGGCUCGGAUUUUGAAGAGACGAUGUUCUGUGAACCUUGUAAUAAGGAAGGUAACACUGUUGAAGCUGAUGGGUUUUGUUCUGAUUGCUCUGAUUACUUAUGUAGUACGUGCCUCAAGUAUCACAAAAGAUUAGCAAAAGAUCACACACUGUUCGAUAAAUCAAACAUGCCACAGGACUUCUGUUUUGAACGAUGUGCAAUCCAUCCAAAUGACCUGGUAAAAUUCUACUGUCCGAGAUGCGACUACACUGCAUGUAUUGAGUGUCUACCAAUUAACCAUCAAGCUGAGUGCUCCGAAUUUAAACAUAUCCCUUCAUAUAUGCAGUCACGAGAUGUAUACAGAGAAUUUAAAGAAGUUAAGAAUUCGCUGAAAGACGUUGAGGAAGAAGCAAAUCGCACUGAGGCUGAGACUGGUCAGAAAUUGAAAGAAGUAAGCCUUAACAGUAGUGAUAUUUCGAAGUCAAUAAAAUGUCAGAAGAAGUGCAUAAAGGACCGCAUUGACAAUCAACGUAUUGAAAUCUUUACUACUCUAGAUGAGGAAAGGUCCGAACUUAUAAGACAGAUCGACGAGAGACAAGGACGAAGAAAACAGCAAUUGUUUGAACAACAGAUGUUUAUAAACAAUAAGGUAGAUGAUGAAGCGAGACAGUUGGAUGAACAAUCAAAGUUAUAUCCGAAAAAAGUACAAAACAUGGCAUUAAACAUGGCAAACAUUAGAUCGAAAUUAGAGUCCCUUACAACUGAUCUAGAAACGAAAGAGAGACACGGAAGAAAGGCUGAACUAUUCAUGACAACCAGGAAAGUUAAGCACAGUAUGAAAACGCUUGGCAAGGACAUAGACGAUGUACGAGAAGCGAACAAAGAAAGGUGCUUGUGUUUUAGACCAAACACAGAUGAUGUCAGUAUAAAUGCUGCGGAAAGCGUCUCGCUUGGAUCACUUACUGAACAAAGCCAACAGAGAGAUAGUGAAGAUGCAGCCAAGUGUCAGCAAAGAGCAUUUGACACACAUAGUUCAACAGGCACUGAAGUGUUGUCCACAACAGCUUCUGCUAAGAACGCUGUAAGGAAAGUGAAAAGGGAUGCAAUUACUGGGAAAAUCGAAACAACGGAGUCACGGUAUCUAACAAGACGUCAAUUGAAAAAGCGUGAAAGAAUUGCAAAAAGGAGAUCACAGUUUAUUGACGGUAUAGGAAACCAGUACAUCGAUCAAAAAGAAAACGAUAUCAGUUCUUCGCAGCCUGAUGUUUGUACGGUAUCCAAUUAUGGAAUCCAGUAUGGAAGCCGUGGGAAAAGUAGCCUUUACUAUUAGUAGCUAACAACGGUUAGUCCCCGUUAAAAUUUCCGACAUAAAGGCUCCAGAAGAUAAUUAUAAACAAUCGCAAUUAUAUUGACUGCACCAACCCCCGUCUGAAGUCUAAUGGAAGCCUGCAGCAGAAUUUGGACAAAUAUGGAACAACCGGUAGAAAUGGGAUUUUUAAUACAGAUUUAAAUAAAUUGUAAUCAAGCAUAACGAUGACGUGGAAAGGGUUAUGCAGGAGUUACUUAGAGUGAUAAUUAGGGUUUGGCAUUUAUAAAGAAUUUGUAAUAAAGUUCAAACAAAAGUAAACAGAACUGCAGGUUAAAACUACAAAACAUGUUAUCGGUAGAAAUGAAAUCUUUAAAAACACGAAUCACAAAUUAAAAAUAAAGACGCCUGUUAGAUAUUCUGUAAAUGGUCCAAUAGAGUAUCCUGGAAAGUAUUCUAGGAUAUCUAAACUAUUAAAAAAACCAGCUGGACAUGAACCUAUAGUCGACAAUCCUGUACGAAUUACAAUCUUAUGUUUAAAAAUCCUGAUACCUUCUGUUUAUAAUUGAACUUUUAGUUUUUCUUACGUUUGAAAGACUGUGCAUAAAUAUACAAACUGAAAUUAUUGGUUUAUUUAAAUUUAUGGUCCUAUGACACAGUUUUACAACUGAAACGAUCGGGAUUUGGAAUACUUCGUGACAAUAUGGUUCGCAUAAGGUCAAAAAAGCAUUUGCCUUGCCUCUCGGGGGCUGUUUCACACAGCAUUAAGGUGAAUUUUCCAUGCCGUGUUAUUUAAUAAUUAGGACGUGACAACAUCCCAAAACGUAAACAUGUGUCUGUGGAGCCUUUAUUAUGCAUGAAUAGAGAAAGGCAUGUUUUAAGUUAACUGCAGAAUGUAAUUUUGAAUGUUACUCAGAGUUAUGUCAUUGGAAAUGCACAAACAUAUAUUACAUUUCCGAUACUUUUACAUUCAUUUUUAUUGUAACCUGAUGUUAGAAUGUUUUGAUAUUUGUUUCAAUGUAUUUUAAUGUGUCCGUCUUUUUAAGGUUUUGUACUAUAUACAAUCUGUUCGUUCAGGUCAAAAUCAGCAUGUAUUUUAUUUAUAUAAUGUAUACUGUUUGACUUAUAACCAAGUUGGCAAAUACUAUUAAAGGGGGCGCGCAGCUGUAUCAUCUAAAAGCAGAUAGGAGGAAGACACUGGAAUUGUUAUUUUAUCAGAUUGGUAAAAUGUUACUGCUAAUUGUCAUCUAUUUAACAUACAGUUUUUCAGUGUCACAAACGCAUACAGUCAUGUUUACAGACUGUACGGGUGUUUUAAACAGCCAUGAUGGCUCUUUUUCGCUCAUCUGAGUUAGCAUGUUGUGCGUAUUUGACGUAUUUGUACUUAGAAGAUUGGAGUUUCUUGGCUAGAUAUUUCUGCUAAAGCUUUGAAACAUCAUCAGGAGGUAGAAUAACUGUUCUGCUGCAUACUUCCUUCUGUCCUGCAGUUACAGACGAGCGUUUACACAACCCACAGGCGGUGUUUGUGUUCCGCAUUCCAUGAUACUUUGUUAAAUCACAAUUUGUAAGAAACUGGACACACAUGGACAAAGGUAGUUGAAAUUAGGACCGUUACCCUUUGUGAUCUUUUGAUUGUUAUUCACUCUCACUAAAUACAAAACCACUUUUCUUCUAAAAUAUUUGAAUUUAAAAAAUAGGAGUGCAAAAUAAUCACAGUGAUCAGUAUCAGUGGGAUUCAGUUAGAAAUUACAAUAUAGCACAUAUCUUGAAACAUACCUAAUUAUUUCUGAGAUAUAUCUUAUUUUCAUAAUGAUGUCACAUCUGCAGAAAAAAGUUAUACUAUAGAAACAUCAAAAACAAAAACAAAUGUUCAAAAUGGUAUAAUUGUUAUUGUAUCGAAAAUUGGAUACAGACUUUCACCAUACAUGCAGCAUUUUCAUUGUUUUAAAAGUUUCAAAAGGAUUACAUAAGGAAGCAGAUUAAUUUGAAUGAUGAUGUGCAUUAUAUUAUCUGUUAGAAUUAAUCACUUAUUAUAUACGAUAUAUGCAAAAUUCUACAAUGAUUAGAUAUUAUUACAUAUAUGUUUUAGAAAGAAAUAAUAAAAUGUAUCAAGAAAGGAUAAAUUUCAUUUUCAUAAAGAAGUAUGUUUUAUCAAUUAUGUUUUAGAUACAAUUAUUUGUGAAUAUAAAAUGUUUGAAUAAAAAACUCAUUGUCGUAAAUGCGUCACCUUAUGUAGUUUGAAACAACAAAAUAACUGAUUUAAAGUUUAGUUGUGAAAAAAGGCAUGGUACAUCAAAUAAAAAAUAAUCUUCUAUUUUCAUGCAAGCCUUCUUUGGUGUUUUGACAUUGGAAAUCUGUACACUGAGCACAAUUUCUAACCGGCCACCUCAUAUUUAGUGAUAUCUUUCAAAAACAUUUCAAGAUAUGUGAAAAAAAACAUCUUUUGCAAUAUGUUGAUCUCCACCAGGUUCGCCAUAGCAAUAUAUCUAUGACACUGAAAAAAUGACAAAGUAUGUAAAAAAAAAAUGUUAGACAUUGGCAGAAAAGAAAAAUAGAAUAUUUAUUUUCUUUAGUAAUUUAAAAGCAAUACAACGGUUCAUUCUCGUCUGUACGAUAUGUUUUGUAACUCAUUAGGCAAAAUUCAAACGUCAAUAAAUUUGAACUACUGGCCACUUUCACAUCAAUCAGAAAUUGUAGGUCAGUCCGUGUUGCACUUAUUCUGUUGUCGAUACAGAUCGGUCUUGUACCUGUAAAUGUUUCUGCAGGCAUACUUGCGAUUCGUUUCGAUGCUAUGCACGACGAUUUUCUGCUUUCUGAAUUGAUAAUCCACACACAAAGCUGACAUGUUUUCCAAGACGAUAAGCAUUUUGUUUGGUCAUUUGCAUUCCUUUGCCGGGACAUCAUUAACAAACGAAGGUAAUGAUAUUAUACAUACGCACAUGCAUGGAAAGAGCAAGUCGGGCUGUCUUUGAUGGAACAUUUACAAAGUGAAGAGAAAACCGCUUUACCUUAUGAACAAAUCCUCCGAAACGGUUUGAAUCAAAGAGUUGAUUUUGCAUACGACACGAAUAGGUUCACCACAGUGAACAUUUUUGGAUUUUCAAAUUCUCUUUUGUAAUUAUAAAUUAUGUUAAUUUUUUACAUACAUUGUAUUUAGGAAAGUAAGUCCUACCCAGAGCAGUCUCAUUUUGAAAACUAUUUCUCUGAAUAAAAAAACAUUUAAUAUGGUUUCAUAUAUACGAAUCAUUUUCUUUAUAAGCAAUGACUACAAUAAUUUACAAUAUUUUCCAUCAGUUUAAAACUCAUAUACCAUGACCAGCCAUUGCAUGGCUUUACCAGUCAUUUUGCAUUUUGCCACUGUCUUAUCAAGUCCAUUGUUUUGUUUUUUUCAGUCUAACCUUUUUAAAUUUUUUCUGUAACUUUUGAACUAACAUGUACACGUAUUUUUCUAUACAUGUACUGGAUCAUAUGUCCUUUUAAUUUGUACAGAAGUACACAUACUUUUUGAUAGAUUUGCUUUCACUUUAGUUAAACGCACAUUGUUCCUUUGCAUGUUCACUUUAAUAUUAAUAUGUUUGCAUUAAUUCUCAUUGAUUAUCAAGAACAAAGAAACUAGUAUAAUUAAAACAACCUCAAAUGAUUAAAAUCAUUUACAACUUCUAAUUGUUCAUUAUCAUAAUAAAACUUCUCAUAUAAUUUGAUGAGUUCCCACUAUCAUGAAUAACACCUAAUGCGAACUUAUCAUAAUACCACUUCUCAUAUAAUUUGAUAUUUGUAUAGUCUCUUAUAAUUCAUUUACGUUGUAUAUGAAUGGUCAUUUACAUGUAGUUUUAUUGUUUUUUAUAUGUAUAUUUAUGUAAAUGUAAAUGGAAGAGACUCAAAUAAACUAAUAAAUAUAUAUACUUUGAUGGGUCCCCUCUAUCAUGAAUAACACAUAAUGUGAACUUAUCAUAAUACCACUUCUCAUAUAAUUUGAACUUAUAUGAUAAGUUCACAUCAAGUGUUAUUCAUUAUAGAGGGGACCCAUCAAAUUAUAUGAGAAGUGGUAUUAUGAUAAUGAACAAUUAAAAGUUGUAAAUGAUUUUAAUUACUUCGGUUAUUUUUAAUUAUACUGGUUCAUUUGUUCGUAAUAAUCAAUGUGGUGUUGGCAAAUUUUUAAAGGCCAUGAAUGUUUUAAUGAAUAAUAUCAACAAAUAUGAUAUAAUUCCAUUUAUAUCGCUUCAACGCCUUGACCUGUUUGUAGGCUCUAUUUUGAAUUAUGCAUGUCCGGUGUGGGGUUUCUCAAAUUAUAAAGAUCUUGAAAGAGUCCAUCUUAAAUUUUGUACGUGAAACAAAGUGCAUGUAACGCUGCAACCUAUGGUGAGAUUGGACGUUAUCCGUUGUACAUAAAUAGAUAUGUUCAUAUUACUAAAUAUUGGUUUAAAUUAUUAAAUACAGAUAAUGUUAUUUUGAAAGGUAUUUUCCAACAAUGCAUUAGAACGGUGUAAAAAAACUGGGCAUAUCAUGUGAAAUGCCAUCUUAACGAGUAUGGUUUUUCUCAUGUUUGGAACUUACCAGGUCAAUUUGAAGCCAAAACAUAUGAACCCUUUUUAAGGUAUUAGGCCCCUAAUCGUAAUGUUUAAAUGCUUGGUAUAUUCUUACAGUUGACCGUGUUUCGCACAUAUAUGCAAAUUUUUAAAAACUUUCACCGUGCCGUUUUUUAUAAAUUUUGUGUAAUUUAUGGUAUUUCCUAAAGCUCAAGUUGGGACAAAUUUCAAAGUGGUGGCCUUUAUCUAAAACGUUUUCAGAGAAUUCAUUAUUCCAUUAUUUUUAUGAAAGAAACAUCAAACUAUUAGUAAACAAUCAUAACACUUAAAAUAAAAACUGUCAAUAUCAUUUUUUCUAGGGUGCCUCGAGUAAACGGAUUUAAUCAGACAGAAUUCCAACUCCAAUAUUGAAAAAUUAUGGUCGAAUCCUGCGGGUCUGUUUUGAAUUUUGCUCACUUCAUUCAAAAAUGACCUUGGGGCAGAAGUAAAACCUACCUACAUUUCUUCCACAAUAUGUAAUCUAAAGAAUGAAGGCAAAAUAGAGAACUUUUACCGCAUGUAACUCAGUAUUUUUAAAGAUGUCUAACUCUACCCCUUCUGCUUCAGAGGUAAAUUCACUUUGAACAGCAAGAAAUCGCAUAUCAAAUGAUUAUUUUCCACUUUUGUACAAUAAAUCAGUAACAAGUCUUGAAAGAAGUUAAAACCUACUAGAAAAAAAGGAAAAUAAGAAAAAAAAUUUUGGUCCCAGUAGGGCUUGAACCUACGCCCCCCUGAAAAUUGCUGUCAAAGUAGGUUUAUGGUAGGAAUUGAAUACUCUUCAAAAAGGAGGUACUCUAUUAUGGGCCUAAUACCUUAAACAAAAUAUUAUAGAUUGUGUUAAGCAAAAAUGGUGUGAAACUUUGUAUAUCGGCACAUCAGUUACGUAUAGAGUCUGCCAUGUACGGCAGAGACAGGUUAGAAAGGCACGAACUCUUAUGUCAGUUAUGCGAUCUUAAAUGAGGUUGAAGAUGAAUUUCAUUUUGUUCUCAAAUAUAGAGUUUAUAAAGAAAUACAUACAAAAGUCAUUUAAAGUUACUUCUAUACUCGUACAUAUAUGUUAUAUGUAUAAAUUCUUAGAAUUGCUACUAUAAGUAUAUAAUCUCAUGUUGUAUUAACAAGAUACAUGUACAUGUUUUGUAUAAGUUAAUGAAAUAUCUGUUCUGUUCUGAUAAUAUAGCACGCCAGUGUCUCAGUUGAUAUCUUCUAUUUCAUUACAACUAUGAUGAAUUAAUUAAUACAGGUACUGUAAUCCAGUAUGUUCUCAAGUUUUGGUUAUAGUUCGUGUUAAUUGACAUCAAUAAAGGUAAUUUCUG